AUGCGUGUAACCGCAGCUGCCUAUACAGCGCAUAUGACACAGGCACUGCCUGAUUGGGCUCGCGCGGUGGUUGGGGCUGAGCCGGAAGAGGCUUCAUCUUUGCUUGCAUGCAGCGCGAGUAGAUUUUUGGUGAAUCUAUCUGUGACGCUUUCUUUCCUCCAGAGCGGAGGAGCUACUGUGGAUCUAAAGGUGUGCAACGAAGAAUGGCAAGAACACACGCAGCAGAUUUCAAUACCUCCGGCCAGCAUUGCGGUGUAG